AACCAACGCCUUAGGUUAAUCGGCUUCUGUGAACGUGACCGCAUAGUAGCAGAACUCCACCCGUUCUUUGCUUUCGCGCAGUCUUGCCUGGGCAACUGUCCACUAGUCCGUUCUCAUUCCCUCCUCUGAAGUUAUCUCUCACAAAUCAAAUUCUUCUCCCUCACUCUCUCUCUCUUCCAAAAUCAAAUCCCCUAUUUCUCUUUUUAUUUGACCACCAAAUUAAGAUGCUUUACUGGAAAUUCAAGGUGAACAUCUGCUUCUUUCCUUUUGGCUUUCUGUUUGUUUGAUGAGUUUGGAGGACUCGCACGCAGAGUCUUAGUGAGCUUAUUCUUUCUGUUCUGAAAUGGGGUUGAGUUUGGUAUCAACGGUGGUGAGAUGGGGAUUGAAAUCGGGAACUGAUGCAGCCCCUGUUGAUUCUAUAACUUUGUUUGUGGCACUCCUUUGUGCUUGUAUUCUUAUCGGUCAUCUUCUUGAGAAGAAUAGAUGGAUGAAUGAGUCAAUUACGGCCCUUUUCAUUGGCCUCUGUACUGGGUUUAUUAUCCUGCUAACCACUAAAGGAAGAAGCUCUCACCUUUUUCUAUUCAAUGAAGAGCUUUUCUUUAUAUACGUUCUUCCACCUAUCAUAUUUAAUGCUGGGUUCCAGGUAAAAAAGAAGCAGUUUUUUCGAAACUUUAUGACGAUCAUAUUAUUUGGAGCUGUUGGGACUUUAAUAUCCUUCAUCAUCAUAUCAUUGGGUUCAAUGCAGUUAUUCAAGAAAUUAAAUAUUGAUUUCUUGGACACAAUGGAUUAUCUGGCACUGGGAGCAAUAUUUUCAGCCACAGAUUCUGUUUGCACCUUGCAGGUGCUCAAUCAGGAAGAAACACCUUUGCUUUAUAGUCUAGUCUUUGGGGAAGGUGUGGUAAAUGAUGCCACCUCUGUCGUGCUUUUCAAUGCAAUUCAACGAUUUGACCUCUCCCACAUUACCUCAAGCAUUGCCAUGCAGCUGUUUGGCAGUUUCGUAUAUUUAUUUGCUACAAGCACGUUGCUUGGGGUGGCAGUUGGAUUAGUAAGUGCUUAUAUCAUAAAGAAGUUGUACUUUGGCAGGCACUCUACUGAUCGUGAAGUUGCUCUGAUGAUUCUCAUGGCUUAUCUUUCAUAUAUUAUGUCUGAAUUGUUCAAUUUAAGUGCGAUUCUCACCGUGUUCUUCUGUGGGAUUGUCAUGUCGCACUACACCUGGCAUAAUGUGACUGAAAGUUCAAGAGUCACUACCAAACACGCAUUUGCAACAUUGUCAUUUAUUGCAGAAAUUUUCAUCUUCCUAUAUGUUGGUAUGGAUGCCUUGGACAUUGAGAAGUGGAAAUUUGUGAGCAAGAGUCCUGGCAAAUCAGUUGGUGCCAGUUCAAUACUUCUUGGGCUAGUGUUGGUUGGAAGAGCUGCUUUUAUAUUUCCUUUGUCCUUUAUAUCCAAUUUGACAAGGAAGUCUCAAAGUGACAAAAUUGGAUUAAAGCAGCAGGUUGUAAUAUGGUGGGCUGGGCUUAUGCGAGGAGCUGUAUCUAUGGCACUUGCUUAUAAUCAGUUCACCAACUCAGGGCAUACUCAAUUGCCAGGAAAUGCCAUCAUGAUAACCAGCACCAUUUCAGUUGUUCUUUUCAGUACUGUGGUAUUUGGAUUAGCAACCAAGAAUCUCAUAAGGGUAUUAUUGCCAAAGACACACUCGAGCAAUGCAGUAAUUUCUGAGUUAGCAGAUUUAGUUGAUUCAAAGUCUCUUGCUUUACCACUUCUUGGUGACGGGAAAGAUAGAGAAUCGGAAGUGGGUGGUGAUAAAAUUCCCCGUCCAACAAGUCUACGCAUGCUUCUGUCGACCCCUACGCGUACUGUUCAUUACUACUGGCGGAAAUUUGAUGAUGCAAUCAUGCGUCCGGUGUUCGGCGGACGAGGAUUUACUCCAUAUAUUCCUGGCUCACCAGAUCUUCGUUGAUAGUAACAAAGAAGGAUAAGAAGAAGAAACAACACUGUAAAAAAAUUCAAAAUCGGUGUAAGAUUAAAGGUAUAAUGCUUGCACAUUUCAUCCAUUCCUCUGGGAUUUGCUUAAUAAGGAGGACAACAAUUUGUGGGUGAUAGUUAUAUAUGAUUAUACGCCUCUUAGUUUUUCUCUCUUU